UGAAAGCUAAGCUAAGCUAAGCUGAGCUCAUCAAUCCAUAAGAAAAGGAGAAACUGAGCUAGCUAGCUUUCAAUCUUCCACAUCCUUCUAUUUGUCAAAGAGGGAGAGAGUUGAAAUGGGGAGAGAGGUGGAGAGAGCCGGGUCCGACAUGGAGAGCUGGCCGGCAGCAAAGAGGAGCUGCCUCUGCUGUCACUGAAUCAUGUGUCGUUCUCGUGCAGGUCGGUGAAGGAGUCCAUUAGGUUCUACGAGGAAGUGCUCGGCUUCGUCCUCAUCAAACGCCCUUCUUCCUUCGACUUCGAAGGCGCCUGGCUGUUCAACCAUGGAAUAGGGAUCCAUUUGAUAGAGUCGGAUAACUUGCCACCGAAGAAAGAUGUGAUCAAUCCGAAGGACUGCCACAUCUCAUUCCAGUGCUCUAAUAUGGACGUUCUGAUGCAGAGGUUGGAUCAGAUGAACAUCAAGUACGUGACUGCCAUAGUGAAGGAUGGCGGCAUCGCCGUAGAUCAAGUCUUCUUCCACGACCCUGAUGGGUACAUGGUCGAGAUUUGCAACUGCCAGAACAUCCCCAUCCUCCCUCUUUCCUCUUCAUGCCCUGUCAGGCUCCCCAAAACUAUCGAGUUUGCUCCCAACCUCUCCCUCUUGGGUAAUCGGAGCUUGGUGGCACCCUGUGCCGGAGAAGUCGCAGCCCUGAUGAUGGAAAACUUUUUGAAGAGUAUUAUGGACAUCUCGAUCUGAGUGGUCCAACAUUGAGAGUUGGAGCAGCCUCCGGCUAUCGGAUUGAUGUAUGCAAAUGGGGUUGUAAGAACACGAGGAAGCAAAUGUCAUGGAAUUAGGAUUCAUUUUUCGCGAUAUAUAUAUAUAUAUGUAUUUAAUUUUUUUCGGUUCUGUGUUCAUCAUGAUUGUUUUCCUGCAGUUCUGUAGAUGUGCUUCUGGUCCAUUGUAGUGCUUUGCUUUUUGUCACUGUCAUACUUUCUGCACAAGAAAAUAAAACCGUAUUCGGAAUUGCUCUA